CUUCUAUUAAAAUAAUAUCAGGUUAUUGUAAAUAUUAUGAUAAACUCCUUAACUCAUCUAAAACAAUGUCAUUGCAUUGUGACAGUCAACCCAUUGAGUGRCACGUAAUGUUUUUAGCUUAAAACAUUUUUUCUCUGGAAACUAAAAUUAGGUUCUAUUAUAUUUGAAAAAUAUUUUGCCUUUUUGGAUACCUUAAAAAAUGUAUCACUUUUUGUAUAGCACCUAUAUAAUUUCUAAUCAAAAGAACUUUGCAACUAAAAGUUACUACCAAAUUUAAAAAGUGGACAUUAUAAUUAAAGUAUUACACUUCAGGAUGUUUAUCACAAAUAUAUUUUUGAACACUAUUAUACUUGCCACUUAUGACUGCUGUGCUAUUAUAUUCUUGACCAAUUAAUUAUUAGAGUUAAGUCUCAAAUCAGACAUAGAUUUUAGAAUUACAUCAGAUAGUCCUUUUCAAACACAUCUACACAAUGACAUUUGUUUUUUGUUUGGGAUGGUUAUUCUAUCUGCCAAUAUGGUGAAUGCUUUAGCAUUAUUUAAUUUGUCUACUAAUUGCUUAAGAAUCAAUUUGUUAUACUUAUACACUUAUAUAAUUUAAUUUUGAAUCGUUGGACUUAAAUAUGUUGCUUGUUUAUUAAUCAUAGCUAAAUGAUUUUUAAGCCUAAUAUAGCUAUUAUUAUUUACUUUUUAAGCAUAAAUAUAAGAUAUUAUCUCAUUGAAAUUUCAUUGAUUGUAAACCUACAUUCUUCUUCACUCACAGAAAGUACUCUUGAAUCUCUGCGAUCUCUUAGUAAAAUGCCUAGCUGUCCACAAAAUAAAACACUUCUAAUAAUUGAACAAAGAAAUGUCAGUUUUGAGUUAAAAAGCGUUKUGACGAGUAAUACAAGUAUAUGGCAGAGUUUACUAGACAAUACAUUUGCCCACCAAUCAUGAUGUUUUCUAAAUACAAUUAUCAAAAAACACGAAGGAUAAAAGAAUGCAGUAUGGAACCAUUAAGGUCAUAUAUAAAUGAUUCUACAAUAAAUUCCAUCUAUCAUGACAUGUUAUACGGUUCAAGAUUGUUGAUAGUUCCACUUAUUAGAUGUGAUGAUCAAGUAUUUAACAGAAUUAUUAAACAAGAAUUUAUUGAUGAAACAGACCAUAAUAAUGCUCAAUUAUUACAAAAAGAAUCUCAUUGUAAUGUCAAAGAACAAGUAAAUACAAUUGAACACCAAAUCAAAUUUGAAAGAGUUAUUAUUGAUGGUUAUGAAUUUGAAGGAUUUUGUGUUAGGGAAAGUCACUGUUCAGAAUUAAUUACUCGUUUAAAUUCAGACUUGAGAUCUAACUCAAGGGAAAAGUCUCUUAAUGCAUGUAGUAAUGAAUUUCCAAUUAAUAAGAAAUCUCAAGCUGGAAAUUAUUACCACAAAUGCAACAUCUGUGAUAAAUUAUUUAAUUCAAAAGAACUUCUGACUAAACAUGCUAAGAUUCAUGCCAGUAAAAUAAAAAAGACAUUUGUUUGUGACAAAUGUAAUAAAUCAUAUAAUAUAAAAUCAAAUUUGAGAAUACACAUAUUGCAACAUCUUGAAAAAAAGUCUAAAAAAUGUGAAAUCUAUGAUUCAUCAUGUUCUCGAGAAAGAAAUUUUAAAAAGCAUACUAAGACACUUAUAAAAAAACGUUCAUUUAAAUGUAAUUUCUGCGACAAAAUUUUUCUAAAAAAAGAUUUAACAAAACACAAAAAGAUUCAUACUAAAAACAAGCCAUUUAAAUGUGAUAGCUGUGACCAAUCGUUUUCUAUUGCAGCAUAUUUAAAAAGGCAUUCAGCAGUACAUACUGGAGAUAAGCCACACAAAUGUCAUGUCUGUGAAAGAGUAUUUUCUCAAGUAGAUAAUUUAAGAAGGCAUGCAAGAACACAUACAGGAGAAAAGCCUUACGAGUGUGAUAUAUGUAAACAAUCCUUUUCUCAUAAAACAAAUUUAAAAACCCACAUGAGAAUACAUACCGGUGAAAAGCCAUAUAGAUGUGAAAUCUGUAAAAAAGAAUUUUCUAAAGCUGAACAUUUAACAGUUCAUAGAAGGAUACAUACUGGAGAAAAACCCUAUAAAUGUAAUACAUGUAAACAAGCAUUUUCUCAUGCAGCAAAUUUAAAAACUCAUAUGAAGAUACAUAGCUCAUUUAAGCCAUAUAUAUGUGAUAUUUGUAAUAAAGCAUUUUCUCUAGCACAGCAUUUAAAAAGGCAUACAAGAAUACAUACUGAUGAAARGCCUAUUAAAUGAAACAUCUAUUCAAAAACGUUAACACUUAUAGAGUAACAGCUGUGUAAAUAUUAUAUCCAUAAUCAAGUGUUUUCUUGUGCAGAACAUUUAGAAAGGGUAUAUAUUGAUUAAAUACUUUAGAAAUGCAAUAUAUUUUCUAAAAUGUUAUUUAUUGUGCAAUUGUACUUAAAAUGCAUCUGUCAUUUUUAAUAUUUAUUCAUAAAUCAAUCUGGUCUCUUAUACUAUUUAUUGUAACACCAGGUUGAAUCCUGUGAUAUUAGACUAUAGAGUAAUAUUACAUUUGUUUGUAUCUUAAUUAGUGUUAACAAGCCUGUUACUCCUGUUAAAGUGUAUAAAAUUUAUUUCACAAGUGAAAUAAAAUAACUCAAUGUUGUUCAUGGUUCAAAAACCCCAACUAGGUCGGGUUUUAAUGAUUAGUCCUUCAAAUCAUAAACAUUUGCUUGUUUAUUAUAUAGAAAUUUAAAUAUUUUUCCUUUAUUAUAUAUUUAUAUUUUAUAUUUAGGUAUGAAACAUAUCAA